AUGCAGGCGAGCGUUAUGCCACCUAUCUCUGGUAUAGUCUAGUUGUCAUGAACAGCAUAAAUUUCGAGCCAACCAUAGUCUAUACAUGUAGUUAUAAUUUUGAAGUUAUAAGUGGAUGCGGACAGUACAGCAGAUAGAUAACGCAUGUUGCGAAUCCCGCUAAAGUUACACAUGCAGUCGAGUGUUAGUUAACUUUGGCACCUAUUUCUGCUAGUAGGCUAUAGAACGUCUAACAAUUUCUGUUUCCAAUUUUUAAAAUUUAUAUAUUUUUUUUUAAUUGCAGAAAUUGACGAGUGUGCUGUUGAAAAUGAUUGUCAUGAAAAUGCCAAUUGUACAAAUACUGUUGGAUCGUACAACUGCUCUUGUAAUGGUGGAUUCGAAGGCAAUGGUAAACACUGCCAAGGUAUAGCGGAUGUAUUUGUAUUGUUUAUUUGUUUGUUUAUAUGUCAAUGACAGGUUCUGCGAAGGCCCAGUAUAGUGUUCUCAACUGCAAUAAAACGCUGAUUUAUAAUAUACGAAUUCCCGUCCUUUUAAACUUUUUCGGAGUUUAUUUGUUCAUCUAACCCAAUUCCAUGGCAUACCCGUCAGAAUUCAUUGGAAUUUCAAACGUUUUAACUUUUUUGUAGGACCAGCUUAAGUCCUUCAGGAAUUAAAUCACUUGUUUAGCAUAAAUGUGCUAACAUGCAUGCAAUAUCAAUCUCAUCAUAACAAACACGUCCUUUAUGUUUUUCUUGCUUUUCGUGUUUCGACGUUUUCCGCUUUUUAGAGAACAUUCUGAAUUGAUUUAGCUGUAUCUGGCUGCGGGAAACUUACAAACAUUACAAAGCGCAAUGAAAUAUUUAGAUAUCGAUGAGUGCGAUCGUGAUACGCAUGACUGUGAUGGCAACGCAACAUGUACAAAUACAAGAGGAGGUUACAACUGUGCCUGUUAUAACGGUUUCAGUGGCGACGGAUAUGUUUGUGAAGGUGAUGUAGUUUUUCUUCUUCGUAAAAUUGACACAUUGUAUUACAAAUCUAAUAAUACAACUAAUAAAAUUUUGCAAUAUGGCUCGUUGAUCUUUUAUCAUUCAUUCUUCAUGAGGCUUACAGUAAUUCCACGUUUCAUUUUAUGCGAAGAGUUCCCAAUUUCUGAAAUGAAGCAGAAUAUUUUAUUUAUAGGGCUGUUUUUUAUUCCCACGAAAGUGACUACACGCAAACGAGCAUUAGGUGGCAUUUCCACCUAUAUCUCUGGUAGUAUAAUUGAGAAGUCAAAAGGUUUCUGUUACCAAUAUUGUUUUUAUGUUUUCUACCGCAGAAAUUGACGAGUGUGAUGGUGAAAAUGAUUGUCAUGACAAUGCCAAUUGUGCAAAUACUAUUGGAUCGUACAACUGCUCCUGCAAUGAUAGUUUCAAAGGCAAUGGUACAUACUGCCAAGGUACUGUACCCCGUUACGUUUACUAGGUAGCAAUUUCACAAUUUAAAUUGGUCAAAACUAACAUAGGCAGUGUAUAUUAACUAUUAUAUUAAAGAGACAACUUUAAAAUGUGACAUUGUUCGACUUUACAAUUUCCUGAAAAAAACUGGGAAGUAGAUCAGUGAUGCAAGGAUGCCAUCUGGCUGAAAAUAUAUUUGUAUGUUAGUAGUACGCAAGAAUAUGUUAGUUGACUUGCACUUCAAAGGUUUCAAUUUGGCUCAACUAAUCAACACCUUGCCCUAGGCCAGGAGAAUGUAGCCUGCGUCGCAUACUUCAAAACACAUGUUUUAUCAGUCUGCGACAGGGGCGUAGGAAGCUUCUAAAAGUUGGGGGCAGGCUUUGAGGGGUUUUUCAAAUAGAAAGGGCAUCUAUAAAUUUUUUCCCGGAAAUGUUGGCGACGGGUGGGGGGUAGGUCAUCUCAAAAAAAUUUUCUGGACAUACCAAAAAUUUUCCGCAUAUAUCACAUUUUUUCCAAAAUAUGAAAUUUUCCGGAUAUACCAAAAAAAUUUCCGAAUAUAUGAUAUUUUCCCGGAAAUUAAAAAAAUAUUCCGGAAAUAACAUAAAUUCAAGUGCCCUUUUGGCAAAAGAUGCCACCUUAAUGACAUUUUUCACGCAAGAAAAGGGCACUUUGCUCCCGGAAAAAGGGCACUUUGGAAAACUUGGGGGGCCUGACCACUUUGGCCCUCCGGUUCCUACGCCCCUGGUCUGCGAAUUAGCGAAACAAUUCUUCUUCAAAUCAUAGUUCAAAUUAUCGCUAUGUAUUUUGAUUUUCUGCCACUGUGUAUCAAUUACCGCCGUGUAUCUUGAUUUUAAGUAUUUUAUCUUUCUUUAUAUGAGAUUUAGUUUGGCGGUACAGUGUAGUUUAAUUUCAAGAGUUUCAAAAGUCAAGUGUACUCACUGCCAACAAGGCAAGACAAGACAAGACAAGACAAGACAAGACAGGACAGGACAGGGCAGGACAGGACAGGACAGGGCAGGACAGGACAGGACAGGACAAGAUUUAUUUGCCCCUUUCAAAUUUCAAUUAUAUGUACACCAAGAAAUUAUUUAUAUUUGUUAGCAUUAUUAUUAUUAGCAAGAUAUAUUUUGUGUUCUGUGACUAAUUGUUUUCUAAUUUUUGAGAAGAUGUGAAAGGGAGCUGGCUCCCUAAAAUAACCACAGGGCUAUAUAAAUAUCAGGGAACCAAAUAAAGGACGAAAAAAUUAUGAAAAUUGACAAUAUAGUUCUAUAUCAAAUAAAUUUUAAAAGAUUGAGAAAGGAGUCCUGACUCCCGAUAACGUAUAGAAAAAGUUGGAAACUGAAUCAAUACUUUCCAAGAAAAUCGAUUCUAAGUUUAUAUUUACAUAGUGAAAAAUAAAAAAAUAUAUCUUUAAUGGUACAAAUUGACAAUAUAGUUCUAUAUCAAAUAAAUUUUAAAAGAUCGAGAAAGGAGUCCUGACUCCCGAUAACGUGUAGAAAAAGUUGGAAACUGAAUCAAUACUUUCCAAGAAAAUAGAUUCUAAGUUUAUAUUUACAUAGUGAAAAUAAAAAAAUAUCUUUAAUGGUAAAAAUCAUUAUAAGUUUCUAUAUAUGUUUGUUAUGAAUAUAUCCUCAUUUAGAUAUUAACGAUUGUGCUUUGCGAAGCGACGAUUGUCAUGAUAAUGCGACUUGUACCAAUACAAAUAGUUCCUACACGUGUCAAAGCAAUGAAGAUUUCACUGGUAGGGCCGGAGCUACGGGGGGACACCCCCCAGAAAUUAUAUUCCAAGCUUCAGUCGGCGGGACUGCUAUUUCAGUCGACAGACAAAAAUAUUUUUGACGAAUAAAACUAAUACCGAUAUGAUUUUCACCUGUUAUAUAAGGAACGUAAAUGUUGGUUACUCGAAAUUUACUCAGCAGGAUAAUCAUUAUAAUCGGUUAGUUUAACAAGCCCAGAUUGGCAGUCAAACCACAUAGCGAUACAAAGUAUAUGUAGCAUGUUUGAUAGGUAGAACAGCUGAACACAAUAUAUUGCUGCCUAAAACUCAAUUAUAAAAUAUGGCGAUUUAAGGCGGAUUUCCAGUCCUCGCACGAAGCACCGCGCAACUCGCUGUGAGUGAUGCAUGAGCACUUUCAUCGAAUCACAAUGCUAAACAGUUCAUUUUAAUUAGAUGCAAGCACUCGCAGCGAGCUACGAGGAGCCUCGUGCGAGGACUAAAAAACUGCCUUUAGAACAGGCUUUAUUUAGAGCACAACGGGCGUAACUUCAGGGACCGCGGAGUAGGUGGGGGGCAACAAUUUUCACAGAUAUGUAAUUUUUAUAGACUAAGAAUACUCGGAAUCUUGCAGAUCAGUUAACAAUAUAUUUAUAACUUAUUAGUAUAAGUAUUCAAUUUAUUUCUGGUGGGAUUUAAAAAAAUGUUAGAUUAAGGCCCCAGUGACAAGAUACCGGAUUCGUAUCGAAGCGACAUCAGUUUAAGGUGUUUUUCAGUCUUGUCUGCUAUUACAACUUUUCAUAUAUGAAGUUUUUGUUUAAUUAUGUUAUAUUAUCAGAAUUUUUAGUGCCAAAUUCACCUCGAGGAAAAUUUGAUGUCGCUCCGAUGCGAAUCUGGUAUCGUGUAACUGGGGCCUAGGAGUCGUCUAUUAAGAAACUUUAUAACAGCAACUAGUAAAUUUAAUUGCAUUUCCGGGGCUCUGGGAGGUCUCAGAUUUCAAAAUUUCCCGGGGGACAUCCUCCCGGACCCCCCUGACAACCUCACGCCUUCGACGUUCGCUAUAGCCCUCUUAAUCCAAAAAUGGCUUCGUAGUUGACCUCCAUCGGAAAUUCCACAAGCUUCCAUGGCUAGCAGGUGGUCGGUGGAAACUCGUUCGUCAGUCGGUUAACACCCCCCUGAAAAAUUUCCUGGGGACGGCCCUGUUCACUGGAAAUGGCGUAGAUUGUGAAGGUAGGAGAAAAACUGAUUUUCUUUACCAAUAUCCAUUCUGAAGAUGUACGAAAUAUGUCAUGGUUUCGCAGUGAUGGAUAGUGCCAUAAAACAUUGUACAGAACCUUACAUUAAGCAUCAGCCAUUAUCUUUAUCAGCCUUUUUCCUCUGCUUUUGCAAGAUUCAAAUGGACUGUAUUUUAAAUAUCUAUGUAGCGAUUUAAUGGAAAAUAUUCUUUUGCAGCGUUUGUUUUACUAUAUCAUUUCCCGGCCAUGACCAAGCCUUUCUCAUAUAAGUGAGUUUUAGUGUGCCAUGCAUGUGAUGCUGCGCAUGAUGAUCUACUGCCGACAGUUCUCUGAGAGAAUAAUUUUCAUUCAAUUGAUACUCGCAGAAAAAAUAUUAUCAAUGGUUAUAGCAUUAUGGCCAGUUUCGAACCCGAGUUGAAAUCAAUUUUCUUGAAAUAUUGAAAACCUGUAGAACAUGAUUAUAUCACUAUUUUCACGUUAAUAAAUAUCAAAUUGCCACUCCAUAAAUUAGCCGACACGUUAUUUCGAAUACUGUACAGUAUAUGCAGCUUAGUCUACUUCGAAUCUGUUAGCAAAAAUCUUGCAAAUUUGAUAUUUUACUGUACUUUGAAAAACGUUCAUCAACAUUCUUUUUACUCCAUUUUCUGGUGUUUUUCUAGCUGCAUGAUAAGGUCAGAGUCGUGGUAUAACUCACAUGCUGUUUUAACAUUUGAGAAUUUAAAGCGGAUCAUAAAUAUAUUGUAAUGUGCUUGGUAUUUCACGGGGUUAGCGAAGUUAAAAUGGUGGAAAAGGGUGAAGAAUAUCCAAGAAAUUGGUUUAAUUUGUAGGUUUUUUAGUAUUUUUUUAUUACGACCUUCCAAUCGGAAAAUCAAGGGGUAGACCAUUAUAUUGAUAUACUUAUGAAUUAUGAAAUAUAUGAUAUGUUAUUUUUAGAUAUUGACGAAUGUGCUGAUGCAUCACAUAAUUGCCAUGCUCAUGCGAAUUGUACCAAUACAACUGGUUCUUUUACCUGUGUGUGCCGUGAAGGUUUCAGCGGAGAUGGCGUAAAUUGCCAAAGUAUGAGAAAUAUCUUUAUUAACUUUAACUAUGAAAUGUUCAUAAGAAUUGGAAUUUUAGUGCAUGUAUGCCUUUCGCAGUAGAGCGCUUUUAAUCAGUCUAACAUUUCCAGCAUUUCUUUAUAUCCAUAACGAAAUAUUGUUUAUCUUGGGGGAGGACGAUUAUUUCCUUCGUCGGAUUUCGUCAUUAGGAAGACAUGUGAACAGAGUUGAGCAAAAAACUAUAUUAUAUUUGAAUAUUUUAGUAUAAUGCAAAUAAUUUAUCCAACAAACUGCUUGUUGUUAGAUUAAGUGUGCAAAUUAAAAUCACAAAAAUGUUCUGAAUGUCUUUAUCAUUUACAUUUCGAAAUUACUGAUUGUGUCAGGAGAAUACGAAUAUGCGAUUAUUUCCUUGGUUGACUCCAGACCUUUACAAUUCAAAAUUUUAGAGAUGCUUUUAAUUUCGCUGGAACUUAAAUAGAAUUCAGCAAAAUUUCAAUAAUGGAAAUGUGUGGAAAUUUAAAUCAAUUUUAACAAAGUUAGACAAUUCCUCUGGGUGAUGCUGGAAGACAAUAUCGAUAUAGAAGCUGCCCGCCAAAUAUUCAAAAUUUCAGAUCAUAGUCAUCAUACUGACUUGCCAAAUUGAUUUCCUGGAAAAGAAAUUAAAUACAUUAUCGUAGAUAUAACUCAGCAGGAUAAAUAUAUUCAGAAUUGUUAAGCUUGAUAGAGGACCAGCUGGUUGCUGGUAAAUUACUAAAUCUCUUAUUUAGAUAUUGACGAGUGUUCUCUGGGAAUUGAUAAUUGCCAUGCUGAUGCUCGCUGUACUGAUAUGAUGGGUUCCUAUACCUGUCAAUGCAAGUCAGAUUUCACCGGAGAUGGAAGAAAAUGCAAAGG